AUGGAGCGCCUUCCGGCGGCGGCGGCGGGAAGCGGCGCGGCGGCUGCCAAGGCCCCGCCGUCAGCCUCCGGGCUCCGCCGCCGGGAUGCGGUGUGUCCCGCCGCCAGGAUGCGGCGUGCACCGGCUCGAGAGUGCCACAUCGACAUCCCGGACGUGCCAGCGGAGACGGCGUACGACGCGCUGCACGAUGUCGAGUAUCGAUGGAAGUGGGACACCAACGUCAUCGACGCGCAUGACAUCGCCCGGCUGGUUGCCAACGCUGAUGUGGGCUACUGUGCCUGGCAGUGCCCAAAGCCCUUAAAGAACGGGGAUGUGGUGACACUGUGAUCCUGGCAGGUCGAGGAUGGGUAUCACACCAUUACCAGCUUCUCUGUCAAACACCUGUGCCUCCCUGCUCCUGAUCAGAUGUUAAAGAAACUGCACAAGGCCUGCAUGAAAUACCCUGCCUGGAAGCAGCAGCACGACGCAAACAUGAAACCCUGGCUGUACCCCGAGCAGAACAAGCUUCCUCUCUCGGCGCUGUCGGAGCUGGCGCUGCAGCGUGCCGCCUCGCUGGAGAACGUCAAUAAGAGCGGCCUGUCCGAAGCGAAGGAUGAGAGGGGCGAGCACAGCGGUUCGGAGAACUGAUGCUGCUAGCGUCACUGCAGGGAGGAACAUUACGUGAUGCUGCUCAGGCUCAUCCAGUGGUUUACAAUAAGGUGGGGGGGGAAGCUUUUAAAGAAAAUCUCUGGGUCUGUAGCCUUUUCUCUCGUGGCAUGACUGUGUGGAUCCAAGCACACCAGCCCCGCUCAGCGCCGAGACUGAACGGGGCCAGGAGCACACGGGCCGCCUGUCCUGACCUGGCCGAGUUACGCUCAGGGAGAGGAGCUGUACAGUACGUUUCUCAGGUGUAACCUGCUGUCCUUUAACACAACACAGCUUGUUCUGGGGCUCUGUUGCUCCAAAAGGUCAAGUUACCUGCAAUAUCUCUGCCAGUCUGCUUCCCUGGCCAGGGAGUUAUUCAUUGACAAACUAAAGCUGCUCCAAUGCUCGUGA